UUAAGCGGGAAUCUGGGGAUGCGUCUCUUAAGAGAUAGCGUGGGUCGUCACUUUCUUUCAGGACGCCGGAGAAUAAACUCACUGGAAAUUUUUCUACGAUUUUUAUUCGAUUUUAAGCGGUCUAAAAUAUGGAAGUCUCUAGAUUUUUGCUCAUUGCACUGGGGCUCACAAUAUGUGCAGUUAUCUUUCAAGUGAUUGGAUUAGCGUCGCCUUACUGGAUGUUUAUCGAUACAACGGAAGACAAAUCAGUUUUUGGUUUGUGGAAGGCGUGUGGUGAAUUGAUAUCGACUGGAGAUUAUAAAUGCAGCGAUGUGGAAGGUUUUGCUCGAAAAAACGACUGGUUUAAGGCAGUCCGAGCAAUGAGCAUCCUUGGAUUUCUGGUAUUGUUAGUAGCAGCAAUCAUGACGGGUUUAAAACUGUUUGUUUUGAAAGACAUGAAAGCAGUUCUGUUUGUGGCGAUAGGCACAGCUUUUGCUGGAGCGGUGUUUACCCUUAUUUCAAUAGCAGUGUUUGCAGCCAAAAUGAACGACUUGGUUGAUAAGUCAAACGUUACGACAGACUUUGGUUACCACUUUGCUUUCGCCUUCAGCAUCAUAGGGAUGAUAGCAGCGAUCGGUGCAGGCGUCAUCAUGUUGGUAGAGAUCAGGAAAGGAGAACUAUACAGAAAUUUAUCUUUGUAAAAAAAUAAUUUAAAAAGUUAGCAAAGUUUCUAUAAGGAAUUAAACAUUUAAAGUCUAUGUUUUUUACACUCUUGAACAAAUACUUGAAAUUCCUGUGAAAAUUGCAUACUAUCACCAAAUGUUGUGUGAAACAAGAUUAUCAAAAUCUUAAUUAAACUUUGCUUAUUUGCUAAACAGA